UAACAUUAUUAAUCACGGUCAAAGUUCUUUUAUGUGAAGGUUGCCUCAAGAACACAAAGGCAAAUCGCAUGAACCGCCGCCUCCACCACCUCCUCCUCCGCCUCCGGUGACCCCUGUGACACCACCGUACAUGGCUUGCGGUCGCCGUCGCCGGAGAGGAGAUGGAGCCGUCAAGCCAGAGAUGGCGACUGGGCCUCGUCUCGAGAGUCCUCACUUCUUCAAGAUCGUUCUCUCCGACACCCUCGAAUCUGGGAAGCUCGGAAUUCCGAAAAAAUUCUUAGGAAGAUAUGGAAUGGAUCUCUCAAGCUUGGUGCUACUCAAGGUUCCGGGCAGUUCGACCUGGACUAUAGGAGUAGAAAAGGGUAACAACGGCACGGUUUGGUUGUGGAAAGGGUGGCGAGAAUUUAUGCAGCAUUACUCCAUUGGUCACGGUCACCUCGUAGUUUUCAAAUACAAAGGGAACUCCACUUUUCGUGUGAUAAUAUUCGAUAAGAGUGCUUCGGAGAUCGAUUAUUUGUUGAGCAGCAUAUCGAACCUUAGGAGUGGAUUUAUCUCGCCGAAGAGGGAGGAUGUCGUUGAAGCUGAAGAUUUGGAAGAUUUCGCUCCUCGUAAAAAAUCGAGGGUCAAACCACAUUCACCAUGUUCUCAGCCAAGUCCAAGCUGCUCAUCACAAGAUCUCGAAGAAGGGAUUGGACGGUCUAGAUGCAGAGCUAGCCAUCCUGAGCCGAAUUUUGGUGGUCCUAUGAGUUCGUGGCCUCUCCGUAAUUUUGAAUUGGCCAGCGAAUUUGACUCAGAGUAUCCUUUUUUCAAGGUGGUGAUCCGGCCAUCUUAUACUGGACAUCAUGUAGUGAAUGUUCCUCGUGGGUUCAUCACGCAGCACAUUCAGGAAAUCAAGGAAAUCGUGACGCUCAGGCAUUCAAGUAGAACAUGGCCUGUGAAGCUUAGGAGCUAUCCAAGUGGGUUGAUGCAGUUCUCUUCUGGUUGGAUUGCAUUUGUGAGAGGAACUGGCUUGCGUGUAGGAAAUGUCUGCGUGUUCGAGCUAAUUGAUAGAGAUGAUAUUGUGUUCAGAGUCUACAUUUUUGGCAGUGCAGGCAGGAACAAACAGUCUAAAUGCAGAAUGAAACAUUCAGAGCCAGUAUUUUGUGAUCCUACUCCUUCGAGGCCUCUCACUACUCCUGAAUUAGCCAGCAAAUUUGAUUCGGAGCAUCCCUUCUUCAAACUGGUGAUACAUCAGUCUCAUUUUAAUAAAUUGCAUGUUCCCGGUCAAUUCGCCGAGCAACAUAUUCAAAAAAACAAGAGAAAGGUAACUCUUAGGUAUUCAGACAGAUCGUGGCUGGUGAAUCUCUCAAGAUAUACGAAGGAAACCCGAGUGUUCUUUUCUGCUGGUUGGCCUGCAUUUGCAAGAGAAAUUCGUAUGUGUGUAGGAAAUACCUGCGUGUUUGAGCUCAUUGAUAAGGAUGAUGUUGUGUUCAAAGUCUCCAUCUUCGGUAGUGGUGGUAAGGGUCAGAUUCACAUUGAUUGAGGUGUUCAUCGGACGUGUUGGUCUAGACUGUUCGAGGCGUCGAUAUGAAAUCGAGAUCCUAAUUAUGCCUCCUUUAUUCAGCUGUGGCGAAUCGAUGCAAAGGAGACUCUUUUCUGUUCA